GGAAGUAAGGCACUCUCUGGUUCUUCGGUACAGUCCGAGUUGCAGUUGUUGGCUUUGCUGCUGUGCUUUUUAUUUUUAGAAGCGGGUGCGGGUGACUUGGAGGCUCCCCUGGGUUCGAAGUUGCGCUUCACCUAGCUAAGAGAGGCUAGUAAGAAAAGUCGGCGCUUUGGAAUUUCGGGGAUAAAGCCUACUUUUUAGCUUGUGGAGUUUAAUGAAGACAAUGGACAACUAUUUUCCAGCUUUUUCUGGAGGAAUGCAGAAGUCCUCUUAAGACUAAUGAGCAUUCCAAAAGGUUGGGGCUACUUGACCAUUCUGGCACCACGAAACCUCUUGUAUAUGAGAAGUCACUUCCUCUUUGGCUCAAGAUGUUGGAUGACCCGAUUUUCACCAGAAAUACUCUUCAAAUCAGUUUCAUUUAGGUUUUUUGGUGUGAAGUCUGAUAAUGAAAACAGUGAGCCUUUGAAGAAUAGACUACUGAAUAGCUUACUUACUAUGGGAGUAGAUGUUGACAUGGCCAAGAAACGACAGCCCGGAGUUUUUAAUAGGACGGGUAUUAAUGAGCAGGAUCUGAAGAUGUUCCUUCUGUCCAAAGGAGCUGGCCAAGAAGUGAUUGCUAGCAUCAUAUCAAGAUAUCCACGAGCCUUAACACGCACAACUGAAAAUCUUUCAAAACGGUGGGAUUUGUGGAGAACAAUUAUGACAUCGGACCUUGAAAUUGUAGAUAUUUUGGAACGUUCUCCUGAAUCAUUUUUUCGGUCCAAUAACAACGUAAACCUGGAGAAUAAUAUAAAGUUUCUCUACUCAGUUGGAUUGACCCGGAAGUGCCUUUGUCGAUUAUUGAACAAUGCCCCACGUACCUUCUCCAAUAGUCUUGAUUUGAAUAAACAGAUGGUUGAAUUUUUGCAGGAAGUAUGUUUGUCCUUAGGUCACAGUGAUCCCAUAGAUUUUGUCAGGAAAAUAAUUUUAAAAAACCCUUUCAUCUUAAUUCAGAGCACCAAACGGAUAAAAGCUAACAUUAUGUUUUUACAGUCAACUUUCAACCUGAACAAUGAGGAGCUGCUUGUUCUGAUAUGUGGUCCAGGAGCUGAAAUCCUAGACCUUUCCAAUGGCUGUGCCAAAAGAAACUACACAAAUAUCAAAGAGAAGCUGUGUUCUCUUGGGUGCACUGAACAGGAGGUACAGAAGUUUGUCUUGAGCUAUCUAGAUGUGCUCUUCUUGGGAGAGAAAAAGUUUAAUGAUAAAAUAGAUUGCCUCAUAGAAGAAAAAAUUAGCAUUUCACAAAUAAUUGAAAAUCCUCGGAUUCUAGAUUCAAGCAUAAGUACUUUAAAAAGUCGAAUCAAAGAAUUGGUAGAUGCUGGCUAUAACUUGAGUACAUCAAACAUCUCUCUUCUGUCUUGGAGUCAGAAAAGAUAUAAAACUAAAUUGAAAAUGUUAAACAUGCGAUAGUGCAUUUUUCUGGGGAAUUAAAAAAAUAGUGAUAUAAUUUCACUUUGAAUUUAGGCCUUUCAAAAAGGAGAUGUUUGAUUUCUUAACCACAUAUACAUAUAUAAUGAUUAUUUGGAUAUUUUAUUUUAAAGGUUCGUAAAAACUCCUGGUUAGUAUGCUCAAGUAUAGUCUUCCCAGCUACUUUUCCUCUAGUUUGAAUUAAUACAAUAUCCUAUUAUGUGGUAAAGGCCGUGUAAAUGGUACUUUCUGAGUGCCAAGGCAGAACAAUGUAUAUGAAAAGAUAGAAAAUACAAAAUAAGCUUUUUUCAGGUUUUUGUUCAAAUAAAAAAUGGACAGAUUCACUUAGAUCUUUCCAUUUUUUUUUUCAUGGGUUUGAAUGGCACCCUAUUUCUCCUGUUAUUCCCACAUAUCUAAUUAUGGUUCAAAAUAGAAUGCCAGUAAAAAUCUGACAAAACAGGAGAGAUUUUUCACCCCAAGUUCUACAUUCUUUAUUUAAAACAGUAUUUAACCCAAAUUGAGCCCUCCACUGUAGGCUCAAUUUACUAUGUGUAUAAUCCUGAUUUUUUUGAACACAAAGGCAACUGUAGUAGGCUAAAUAAUUGCCACCCAAAGAUGUCAAUGUCAUAAUUUUCAGAAUCUGUGAAUAUGUUGUUAAAUUUCAAAAAGACUUUGAAGAUGGGAUUAGGGACUUUAAAAUGAGAUUGAUUACCUGGAUUAUUUGGAUGGGCCCAAUAUAAUCAUAAGGGUGCUUAAAAGUGGAAGAGGGAGGUAAAAGGAGAUCAGAGUGAAAUGAUGAUAGAAGAACUUGACCCACUUACUGGCUUUGAAGGAGGAAGGGGCCAUGAGAUAAGGAACACAGGUAACCUCUUUAGAAUGUAAAAGGCAAGGAAACAUUUUCUAGUGCCCCAGAAGGAAAUGCAGCCCUGCCAGGAUCUUGAAUUAAGUCCAGUGAGUCCUGUGUCGAAUUUCUGACCUACAGAGCCAUAAGAUAAUAUAUUAGUGUUGUUUUAAGCCUCUGAGUUUGUGAUAAUUUGUUACAGCAGCAAACAGGAUAACAGCAACUAUAUAGAUUGUUAGUUGCAUUAUAGAUGAAGCCACAAAAUAUGGUCCUUUUAGUAUCAUAUUUGUAUUUCUUCCUCAUAUAAUUGCCUUUUUUAUCCAACUACCUUUCUGGAACCGCUAAUAAGUUAGUGUUUGUAAAGUCCUCUAAAUGUAUGGAUAAAAACUAAAUAUGAGUAAUAAAAUCUAAAUAAAGAAAUAUUUAUUUUGCCUAAUGAA